UCGCGGCUCUGUCAACUUCUCUGUUUGAGUCUACACAAUUCAUGUUCACAGUGUGAGCGCGACAGAUAUCAAUCACUCCCGCCACUGGACUCACUCUUAACUCCCUGACUGUCGAAGAUUUUAGGAAUCAUUUUUCCUACAUCUGCAGACGUCGAUUGGAAAUUGUUCUGUGACUUUUUUCCAAAGACAUUUUUGGAUCUAGGGAAAUAUCUUGUGGAAUAUAGCUAGACCGGCUUCCCGUGUAUAUUUUGACGUUGUUUUGGAACCGGACGGAAGUUGCAUUAGCCGCUGGGCCGAAACUUCGGGGGACCCGGUGCACAAAAGAUCGACUGGCUGCCUCGAAAGAUCUGUUGCAUCAAGCAAGUCCCUAACCUAUACACGAACCUGAUUAAACAAUUUGGAGGAGCCACCAUCAAGACCACAUUACCAAAAAUGGGGCGUAUCACCAUAGCAACCACGUUCCUCUUCCUCAUCAUCACUACAUCCUCUGUGCUAGCACGCCCUCACAUCCGACCCCGUAUCACCUUAGCCGAUCUGGACAAAGAUGGCGCUAUACCACAAGACAAUGUCGCUGAUAUUGACAGACCUGUCGAUGAAAUACCACAAGACGUGCGUUUUGAAGUCGUAGAUCUGCCGUCGCAUUUCGAAACGUAUGAUAAGAACAGCGAUGGGAAGGUCAGUCUUCUUGAGCUGACCAUCGUAACGGGAACCAAAGAGAUAGACGCCAUGGGACCUUUCCAAGCAGCAGAUACAAACAAUGACAACAAAUUAUCCUUUAAAGAAUUCCAGGAAGCACCCUGGAUCUUUGGUGUGUCACAAGAAAUCGAAUUCCUCAACCAGUUCGCUCGCUAGUUCGUUGAAAAAAAGAAGAUUGACUUGGAUGUAGCCCAUCAUCGAAAAAGAGAAUUAGCUGCAACAUGGGGUCAACGUACUUUAUCCCUCUGUACGAUAAGAUUUGCUAUUUGGAAAUGGAACUAUGCCAGUAGAGCUUCCUAAAUAGAAUCGAAUAAAAUAAGAUACAAAAGUAAAAACGACUGUGAAUAUUUACUACUUUCAAAAUGGAGAGAGCUCUCGAGUAGUGAUGUUAAUAUCUAUCUAUCAGACGAAGGAGUUAUUACACUAACUCCUUGGUCAGAAAGCUGCCCCAUGCAUCAUUAUUUCUGGACAAGUUCUACUUCCAUACAUCACCACAGUGACCACUGCCCCUGAGUCAAUAGUCCCUGAGUCAACUUCCCCUAGUGUAAACAUGGGGUUAAUGGGGUUAACUUUUCGAUAAUAUUCUGGGGUUGGUUGUCCAGUGUGGGUAUGAUUGACUGUGUGGUAGUUGUCCGGGGGGGGGGGGGUAAAUGUUCGGGGAUAGUUGUCCGGAAGUAGUUAUCUUGGAGUAGUUGGCUGGUGUGUAGUUGUGUGGGGAGGUCAUUUUCUCUUGGAUGUUUUUAUUUUCUGGAAGUUUCUUUGGGCAGUGGAUAAUCAAAGGGUAGUCUUUUAUAUAUUGCAUAAGACAAAUACAAAGAAAACUAGGAUUUAUUGAUAUCAAUCUUACAACAAUAUUUGUAAUAUUAUUAAAACAGAAGGUUUCAUAACAGUUAAGAAGUGGUUUUUUCCUCGCAAUUUUCAUGAUGUUAUAUUAUUAUGUUGUAUGGAAAAGAUGCCUAUUCAUGUAAGUAGACCGGGAAAAAAAAGAGCAUUUAAUAGCAAAACCUAAAAGGCAGUAAAGUACUUAUAGGACAAUGGGACUGCCAUUAUCCUAUUAUAUUUAAUUAUAACGCUGCUCAACCAAGGUGCCUAUUAUUUAUUUAAAAAAUCAGUAGUAUAUAAAUAUUUUUAUUUUAUCCUUUCAUGGGAUAAUUAAUAUGAUCAGUCCAUGUUGCAUUGUAAAUAACAUGAUUCCUUCUAAAUGCCUGUGAAUAAUUAUUAUCAAGGUUGAACUAAAUGUGUGUGUGUAAGCUCUGGUAAGGAUUCAAAAACGUAAAUUUGUAGUUUAAUUUUUUGUUUACCUUUUGAAAUGUGAAACUGUAUCGCUUCUUAGAUUAUGCAAGUCCUUAAAUAGAAAUAAAGACUUUUACAAAACUUUCUCUGUUUUAUUUAUAGAACGGCAUAAUGAUUACAGGAUACAACUCUCCAAUAUUCAUAUUAUAUCUCCCCUUUACAUAAAGGUAUAUUAACUGCUAUUUUGGCAAUUCAAUUUUGCCAGUAAUCCGAAGAGCUAUGCUAUUACAUAUUUCAUCUUUUCUGAGAUGUCAGAAGUACCCACUUAAUACACAGCGUAAGUCAAAAAUUAAAGUACAGGUAACAAAAAGAUUUAUGCUACAUUUAAAUUGGCUCACUUUGUAGUGAUCGCAAAAGCAGUAAAAAAGGUCCUGAAUGAACGUGUUGAGAAUAUUCACUACGAAUCUAUAAUCACGAAACAAUUUCCUUUAGUCCGAAUAAAUAAGGCAAAAUAAAUUGGAUAUUUGAUCACGAUUUACCAAUAAAUGGACACAGACGCAUUUCUCUGUGGAAAGAUUAAUGUAAUCCUGUUGUAAUGAAUUCACGUAAAUGCUGACAUAUUUAUUCUCGAUCAUGAAAGGGAUCCGCUAAUUAUUACUGCAUUAACUGUUCAUGUAUAUAUUAGGAGCAUCAAAUAUGAUUAAAGUUGUGCUUACAUGUUUUUUGUUACUUGAAA